GCAAGCUGCAGGUCAACCCUGCAUACAGAGUACAUGCCCGGACAAUUUAGACUCGGUCUCGGGUUCACGGAAAGAGAACACGACAUACUCCGUACCUCCUUCCUUGGCCGGCCCACGGAGCGCAUGGCAUGUGGUUUCCUGUCUCCGCCAUCCAGUUCCUUCCUCUGCACUGCCACCUCGAAUUCCGUCACCACAUUACUGUAUAAACACUAUUUGUCGCCCUCACCUGCCCCCCCCCCAGCCAUGGCAGCAGAAGCGGACCCUGCAGUUCGCCAACGGAGACUUGCAGCCGAGGCCGUCGAUGCAGCCGCACAGGAUGCCCAGCCUUCAAGUGACAAUGGGGCCAACAAGAAGAGAAGCAAGAAGGGCAAGAGAUUAGAUGCGGAUGGGGUCGAGUACGGGAACCCAUGGGUCGACGUCCUGCGUGUCCUGUCCUUCCUGCUCUUCGUCUCCUGCGGCGCCAGCUAUCUCGUCUCUGGCGGAGAGUCCUUCUUCUGGAGCAUGAAAGUCCCGCCAAAGUACCUGCGCGUGGAGACAUGGAAGGGUCUGCUUAACGGACCCCGGUACAUCACCCCCGAGGAGCUUGCCCUCCACGACGGCUCUGACCCCAGCAAGCCCAUCUACCUUGCCAUUAACGGCUCCGUCUACGACGUCACUGCCGGCUCACGUGUCUACGGUCCCGGUGGUUCCUACCACGUCUUUGCCGGCGUCGAUGCCUCCCGCGGCUUCGUUACGGGCUGUUUCGCCGAGGACCGCACACCAGACAUGCGCGGGGUGGAGGAAAUGCACCUGCCGCUCGACGACCCAGAGGUGGACAGCCACUGGAGCAAAUCCGAGCUAAAGAAACUCAAGGAGCAGGAGAAGCGCGAAGCCAACAAGAAGACUUAUGACGCUCUGAAGCACUGGGUGGACUUUUUUGGCAACAGCCAGAAGUACUCGUUUGUCGGCUAUGUCAAGAGAGAGGCGGACUGGCUCGACAAGCAACCCAAAAAAGAGCUAUGUGAGCAGGCGAGAAAGGGCAGGAAGCCGAGGAAGAUCCCCGAGGACAAGCAGUAA